UAAUACAGGGACCCCCAAACCCUUGUUAAGCCCUAGAAGCCCCCCCUCCCCUCUCUCCUUCGCUGAGAUCAAAACCCGCGUCGAUCUAGUUCGCUCUUUCGUCAGUCUCUCUUAAUUCAAAUGGCGAAGCGUCUGAUUCCUGCGCUCAACAGGAUUUUGGUGGAGAAGAUCGCGCCCCCUUCAAAGACCUCAGCUGGGAUCUUGCUUCCCGAGAAAACCGCCAAGCUGAACUCUGGCAAAGUUAUAGCUGUUGGUCCCGGUGCACGCGGUAAAGAUGGGAAUCUCAUCCCUGUUUGUGUGAAGGAAGGAGAUGUUGUUCUUCUACCUGAGUACGGCGGAACUGAAGUGAAACUGGGUGAUAAGGAGUACCAUUUGUUCAGAGAUGAAGAUAUCCUUGGCACGCUUCAUGACUGAUGCAGAAUGCAAAGCCAAUCAGUAGACUGUAAGAGACCAUAAAUGUGUACUUUCAAUAUUUAGGCAGCUGUAGUAUGCUAUUAAACUACUAAAAAAAUGUCAUUUUCUGAUAAUUUUGCUGCAAAGACUUAUGUGACUGCUGAUUGAAUUUGCAAUGAUUGAACUAAAAAGUCUAUUGUCGAAAGAACCAUUGACUUUCUACAAUAUUUUCUUUGUU